GAGGACCCCGUUGGCGGAGCACUUCUGUACACAGUAUUCUCAGAGGUGCAUAGCGUAAUGUCCAUGCUGUACUACACUCUGAUUAUAGCUUUUUUGAUCGGCACACAGGCAGCUCCAAAGUCAGCAGACAAUGCACCUCCAGGGUAUCCUACAGAACCCUCCCCAUCCAAUCCCCACCGGACUAACAGACAGCACAUUCCCAAGACAGCUCCACAGCCAUCCCACAGGCAUUCUACUUGGACGGUAGAUAGGAGAGAAGCUGUAAAUAUCACUGUGGACCCAAAGCUGUUCAAGAAGAGGCGCUUCCGAUCCCCUCGAGUCCUGUUCAGCACGCAGCCCCCACCCGUGUCAGAGCAAGGAGAGCACACAGAAUUUCUUGGCAAUGCCGACUCUCUCAACAGGACUUCCCGGAUCAAGAGGACGGCACAUCCUGUCCUGCACCGAGGGGAGUUCUCAGUAUGUGACAGCGUCAGCAUGUGGGUCGGGGACAAAACCACAGCCACUGAUAUCAAAGGCAAAGAGGUGACAGUUUUGGGAGAGGUCAACAUUAACAACAAUGUUUUUAAGCAGUACUUUUUUGAGACCAAGUGUAGGGAGGCUAAACCAGUGUCUAGCGGGUGCCGAGGGAUCGAUGCCAAGCACUGGAACUCCUACUGCACCACAACACACACCUUUGUGAAAGCGCUGACGAUGGAGGGCAAGCAAGCGGCCUGGCGCUUCAUCCGCAUCGACACAGCCUGCGUGUGUGUGCUCAGCAGGAAGCCGGGCAGACCCUGAAGCCAAACCCACAACGACAUCCUCCUAUUCCCCUACCUCAGCCUGUAAAUUAUUUUAAGUUAUAAAGGACUGCAUGGUGUAUUUAUAGUUUAUACAGUACACACAGAACCUCAUU